GUGUACGGACAACAGUGUACGCUUGAGUGUUUACGUGUUUAUGUGUCGGUGCAUGUGUAUGUGGUCGCGAUUUUUUUGUCCAAGAGACUCGAACUGUAAAUUCGUCAGCUGGCGUCAAUAAGAUGUUGGAGUUCUAUCCAAUGCCCACGAAUCUGAAUCCAGUCGGUGGCGGCCUGUACUCGCUACAGCAGAAUCACGGUGGCGCGCGGUUCCUGGACAGUCCGAGUCCCAGUGUCAUGACCAGUGCCACAGCCGCCUGUCUGGCCGGAAGCAGCAACACGAGUAUCAACAACAACAGCAACAACAACAACAACAAUGUACACAUUAGCAACAACAAUUUGCCAACAAGCAUUUCCGGCAACAACAGCCCGACAGCAACGGCUUCAUUAACGGGCCCCGUAAUUUCCGCACAGCACCAACACCAACAACAGCAGCAACAGCAACACCCACACCAGCCCCACCAUCAGCAGAAUCCACACCAACAGCAACACGCAGCCUCGACCACGUCAGUGCCAAUUAACAGCUGCCCUACGCCCACAGGACACAGCCCCAACAACAGCAACAACUCCGCCUGCAACACAUUAACAGCUGCUGCUGCUGCUUCUGCUUCUUCUGCGGCAGCGCCACCAGCAACAGCUCCCUCAGUCGCCUCCUCGUCAUUAGGCGGAGCAGCCACGUCUGCUUCUGCUGUUUCUGCUGCUGCGUCUGCGACCUCGACGACGGCAUCGGGACUGACAUCGGCAGGAGGAGCGUCAACGGCGUUGGCGUCCGCGGCAGCAUCGAAAUUGUCUGCCGAUUGUAGUGGACGCACAGAAGUGGGCCACAUCAAAUGCGAGAAGAACUUCGAGCUGUGCGAGGGCUGUGGCCAGAAGAUCCACGACCGCUAUCUGAUGAAUGUGGGCGAGGCCAACUGGCACGAGCAGUGCCUGGCCUGCUGCUACUGCGGCAUGCAGCUCCACAACACCUGCUACGUGCGCAACUCCAAGCUCUACUGCAAGAUGGACUACGACCGCUUGUUCGGUGUCAAGUGCGCCUCCUGCUGCCAUGCGAUCCUGCCGCAGGAGCUGGUGAUGCGGCCCAUCCCCAACUUCGUCUUCCACCUGCCCUGCUUCGUCUGCUAUGCCUGCCGCCUGCCCCUCCAGAAGGGCGAGCAGUUCAUGCUGCGCGACGGCCAGCUGUUCUGCUACCGCCACGACCUGGAGAAGGAGAUGUUUCUGGCCGCGGCAGCUGCCCAGCACUGCGGCUUCGUGGGGCUGGAUGAGGAGGAUCUGCUGCGGCCACGGGACGGACGGCGGGGUCCGAAGCGACCACGCACCAUUCUCACUUCGCAGCAGCGGAAGCAGUUCAAGGCCUCCUUCGAUCAGUCGCCCAAGCCCUGCCGCAAGGUGCGCGAGGCCCUUGCCAAGGACACCGGACUAUCGGUGCGCGUGGUUCAGGUGUGGUUUCAGAACCAGCGAGCCAAGAUGAAGAAGAUACAGCGCAAGGCCAAGCAGAAUGGUGGCAGCUCGGGCGGAUCUGGAGGCGGCCGUGGCACAGGCAACUCCAGCGCUGCCGAUGACAAGGAGUCCAAUGAGAAGGAGGACAAGUGUGUCAAGCAGGAGAUGGGCGGCGAUAGCUCGGGCUAUCUGGGUGGGCUGGACAACGCCUUUGCCAGCCAGCCACUGAAUCCCAACUUGCCCUUCUCUCCAGACGAUUACCCGGCAAACUCGAACGACAGCUUUUGCAGCUCGGACCUGUCGCUGGACGGCAGCAAUUUUGACCAGUUGGACGAUGACGCAGAUUCGUUGUCGCUGAACAACCUGGAGCUGCAGUCCACCAGCUCAUCCGGCAACCAGCACUCGCACUCGAAUCCCCACGACAUGUUGGCCAACCUGAACACCAGCCUGAUUAACCCGAUCGACAAGCUAUAUCUCAUGCAGAACUCGUACUUCAGCUCGGAGCAUUAGGCACGCGUAUCCGUGAAGGCAGCUACA